AUGGCGUUGUUGGACAGCUUCCGCCAACAGCCCCGCGCGACGUUCCGGUGCGUGUGGGUGAGUCUGAGCUGCCUCUACCUAGCCUACAUGAUGGGUUGGUCCUAUUAUAUGGCAUGUAUGGAGCCGCCGGGCUCUGCGUCGCACGGCCUGUCGGACUCGCUGGGCGAGCGCCGCAGGGGGCCCGGGAGUGGGAUCUGGUGGCAACAAAGUCGAGAGCGUGUCGCCAGUGCGGCCUUCCUUAGCGCGAAUGUCGCCGACGAGGACGCGGAGGGCGACACUUCGCUGCCAUACUCGCAGUCCAGCUCGUUCCGUGUUUCGGCGGCCAAGGCCGUGCCGAUCAAGAGCGGCCACUCGGAACUUCACGAUCGGCAUGUAGACCUUGCCACGACCUUCCGGUUCUGCAAAAAGUGUCCCCAGGUGACGCUUACCGAGGCUAUGCUUCGUCUUCCGCCCGAACUGCGGCUCGUGGAAAAAAGGAACCGCCGCCACCAUCUCUUGCAGGCCAAGCAGCAGGCCGCCAACGACGAUGCACAGUCGGAACGCAUCCACAGCAUGGAGUCGACUUUGCCUCCUGAGCUCUUCACCGAGAACGACGACGAAGGUGAGACGGAGAUUCGUGCGUGGCUGGGUGAUGAUGCACAAAAUAUGUGCGUGGGCAUCGGAAACGAGCGCUACUUUAUCCUUUUUAUGCUGUGGUUCGCACUUGGAACGUGCGUCCUGGGCGUGGCGGGCUGGCCGCUGAUGAAAAAGGCGCUCUGGGGCAAGGAGCCGUGGAAUUUCCGCUUCGCUCCGCGCAUCCUCUUCAUCAUGAUCUAUGCCAAGGCGGUCGUGAUGGGCGCUGUCGUUUUCGUCUUAGCACUGUGGCACUUGUACCUCGUAUCCCAAGGUGAGACGAGUGUUGAGAGCCAGGACAACUCGCACUACAGAGCGAUGGCCAAAGAGCGUAAUGAUCGCUUCGUUAAUGUCUACGACAUGGGAUUCAUUCGAAACUUGCAAAUCUUUUUCAAUGUCGGGCCUGGCAUGAAUUACAGAUACUAUACCCUCCUCCUUCCUCUUCGCAUCGAACCCUACUCGGAUGGCUGGCACUGGGCCAAAGGCUCGGGACUUGCCGGUCAUCACAUGGGCAUCAAAACCGAGGAAGAAUUUACCGAUGAUGACGGCGCCUAG